AUGAUGAGUCCUGCGGAACCGCCCAGCCAUGGUCGCCUGCGACGCAUGUCCAACAUCCCGGAAUCGCCACAGCCCUCACUAUCCGACAGCAAGACCUACGUGCCGUCGGAAACCAAUAGCGACGAUCGCCGUCGCGAGAUCAAGGUCCUGUGUAGAGAGUGCAAAACUCUCGAUCUAGGCGUCCACAGCUUCAAAGUCCAGUCUUCGGGAUCCCAAGGCUCAUCGUCAGGCCGACCGCUGCGCUCGUACACGACCGCGCGACAGCUGGGAACACUGAGGAAGAUACGGGCUCGCUCUUCCUCGUGCCCGGUAUGCGCGCUCAUCGUCGACUCCGUGCAGGAUGCGGGGACGCAGAAGGCCAACGGCGAAUUCUUCGACAGCGAAGUCCUUGAAGAUGCGUCUUGCUCACUCAGUUGGGAGAUCGAUGGCCGCGAGGCGGCGUCGUCGAGCAGUCGAGGGACGAACCCCAAGAACAUGGUUCGUGGCCUGACCAGACGCUUGCAUAUCAGAUGGGGCACGGCGAAGCUCUCGGAUGCGUAUCUGGUCUACGUGGCGCCGGAGACCUUUGCGCGGACGGCGUCCGAUGCGGAUCGUGUCUGGGCGAAGGAUUCGUUGUUCUUGGGACGCACGAUUGCUCCUGACAUCGAGAAUCAGGCAUUGAUCCGGUCCUGGCUCGAUCUUUGCCAGAAGUCCCACCGGGGUCCGUGUCGCGAGGAUCUCCAUGAUGGGGCCGAUAGGUUCGAUGAGAUGGUCUCGCACUCCUAUUUCGGGGUCAUCGACGUACAGAACAUGCAGCUGACUCAACUCCCUCGCCGCUCCGAUCGUCGAGAGAGGGAUGCUCGCAGACCUGCUAGCAACGGCCAGCAUGAGCCCUACGUGGCGUUGAGCUACGUUUGGGGCGGCGACGACGAGGCGUACAAGACGACGACAGAUAAUGUGAUGCUCCAUCGAACACAUGGGGGAUUGGAGAACGCACUCAACGAGUUGCCGAAAGCGAUCCAGGACUCUUUCGACCUGACGCGACGGCUUGGGUUCAGCUAUAUAUGGAUUGACCGUCUCUGCAUCGUGCAAAACAGCCCGAGGUCCUGGAAGCUCAACGCCUAUAACAUGGACCUCAUCUAUGGCAACGCGGCACUCACCAUAUGCGCAGCAGACGGCGACGCAUCGGAGGGACUUAAAGCCAUGAAACCGGAGGAACGGAACAAAACUCAGUACAAGCGGGCCGUCAUCCCUCGGCUCGACCUGAUGGUGACGCGUCCGCCCGAGAUCUAUAUCCGCGCGUCGGAGUGGAACGAGAGGGCGUGGACGUUCCAAGAGAGGCUCCUCUCCAGACGUUGCCUCAUCUUCACAAACGGCCGGGUCUACUUCCAGUGCCGUUCAACCGGCAUGUCGGAGGACAUCUUUGGAGACCAGAAGGGCGCGGGGUGGUCUCUCGAUCUGGUCGACGCGCCGAUGCAGAUGUUUCGGCAGUUGAACAACCGCGCGUUCUGGGUGUACAUGAAGUGCGUGGAGCUGUACACCGAGAGGAAGCUCAGCCAUGCGCAGGACAUCCUGGCGGCGUUCAGUGGCAUGGCGAAUAUGAUGCAGGAACGGAUGCGUGCACCUUUCGUCCAUGGGCUGCCGAGCUCUCAUUUUGAUCUCGCACUGCUCUGGCAGCCUGUCAGGUCUCUGAAGAGGAGAAUUAUCCUGGACAAAGAUGGGAAGCCAGUCAAAGACGGGAACCACACGAUUCCGGACUUCCCAAGUUGGUCGUGGACUGGAUGGAUGGGGGAGGCGACCUAUCAGGAUGAUCUGGUGGGCGGCGUGCUCGAUAAUGUGUCGCAGUGGCUGGAUACCCAUACCUGGAUCCAGUGGUGGGUUAGAGACGGACACGGAGACUUGCGGCCGUUGUGGGAUUAUCACGAAUCCGAGGAAGACAUCAGCGAGAACUCCAACUGGAAGGGUUACACGCAAAGAAGAGGUGCUCCAUAUCAACGUGAAUUCUCACAUGGCCGGAGAGACAGAGAUAGGCACGCAGAUGGCUCUCGCAGCGAAUCUGAGGAAGACGAUGAUCGAGAGUCCGCCCACACGUUCACGGAAGAUGAUGUUGAUAUCGUGCUCCGGGAAAGAAGCUAUGCCAGAGAAAACAUUGCUUUCUACGAAAUGCUCUUCGACGAGGGUAGGAAAGAGUUCAACAUCACGCUGAGGGACUACCCGUACCGCGUCGUCAAAGCCCCCUUCGACUCGCAGUUAGAGUCGUCCGAGUUCCCUCUCCUGCCAAUCCUGCAGUUCCGCACGUGGCACACCUGGCUUCACAUCACAGAAGCCGCGCCCCGGAAACCUCAUAUCGAGAAGUCUGAGAGCAGAAAUUUUGAUGUCGACAUGGAAACGGUGAGAUAUCACAUCGCCGACGAAGUUGGAGACUGGUGCGGUUCGAUCGUAUUGGAUGCGGAGUGGGCGUACAAAGCGUCUGGUAGACAAGAGUUUAUCGCCAUCUCGGAGGCGAAGAACUUUACUCUUUCUGAGUGCCAGGAGUGGACGUAUUAUAUACCAAAAGAGCGGGAACAGAGCGAAUGGGAUUUGUUCUAUGUGCUGCUCAUUGAGAGGAAAGAUGAGAAGUGGGAAAGGGUCGGAGCCGGGAAGGUUUUCAAGGAAUCGUUCCGAAGCGCGAAGUUUAAGGAGAUAAUGCUUAGUUGA